CCGGCCCGGUAUCCGGGUAAGAUGGCCGCAGUCGGAGAGUGCUCGCUCCCCGCUCCGUGGCGGCCGGUCUCCCUCACUCACGUCGAGUAUCCCGCAGGUGAUUUCUCUGGUCAGCUUUUAGCUUAUUUGAGUCUUGGUCCAAUAUUCAUUAUUGUUGGCUUUGUAACACUCAUCAUAUUCAAGAGAGAGCUUCACACGAUCUCUUUCUUGGGAGGGCUGGCUUUCAACGAGGGAGUGAACUGGUUAAUAAAAAAUGUUAUCCGGGAGCCACGGCCCUGUGAAGAAGCCCAUUCAACAGUGACCACAAAAUAUGGGAUGCCGUCCAGCCACUCCCAGUUCAUGUGGUUUUUCUCUGUCUAUUCAUUUCUGUUCCUUUAUUUAAGAAUGCACCAAACAAACAAUGCGAGGUUUCUGGAUUUACUAUGGCGACAUGUGCUGUCCAUCUGCCUCGUCACAGUGGCUUUGCUAGUCUCAUAUAGUAGGGUUUAUUUGCUUUACCACACCUGGAGCCAAGUCUUAUAUGGAGGUGUGGCAGGAAGCGUUAUGGCCAUAGCCUGGUUUGCCUUCACACAAGAGAUACUAACUCCUCUCUUCCCAAGGAUAGCUGCAUGGCCCAUUUCAGAGUUCUUUUUAAUCCGAGACACCAGCCUCAUUCCUAACAUCCUGUGGUUUGAAUAUACAGUCACAAGAGCAGAAGCAAGAAACAGACAGCGCAAGCUGGGUACGAAGCUCCAGUGACUCAGGAGGUGUGGGGACCAGAGCGUGCAUUUUAACAGAGACAGACAAGAGCAGAGACCUGGGAGCAGCGAGGAGCCUUUAAACAGACGGACCAAAGGAACAGGCAGGGACCAUACCCAAAACCUGAAAGCCUUUGCUCUGCUUUAGCAGCUAGCUGGAUGCUCCCUGAUGCAUGUGGGACCGUGCAGGAGUAGAAACUCAUUUUCAACACAGAUGCACAUUGCCGGUUGGAAUGUACCAUCAUGUCUACGUCAGGGGAAGGGGGUGAAAAUGCCUGGUGUCAUGUUUGGGGGAGGGAAAACCAAAAAUGAAUCAUUUCUGUGACUUUUUUUUCUUUUUUUUUCUUUUUUUUUUUUUUUUUUCUUUAGCAUGAAAUAUACACACUAUUUAUUUAUUUUUUUUUUAAAUGGAGCAAUUGUUUUUGGGGUGGGAGAGGCCUUGUGUGUUUUGUUUUGCUUUUUUGUUUGGGGGUUUUUCAUUUUGGAAGAAGAUGACAAAACUAAUCUCCAGUUGGUCAUGGUUAAUUAGAGCUCUUAGUUUUUAAACAUUUCUCAGGAGGGAGGGGAACUGAGAUGGCGACCGAGGUAGAAGGGAGAGGAGGGUUUCUUCCCUUUCUACAACCAGCCUGGGUGAUCAAAAUCAAUUCCAACUGCACUUUGUACAGACAGAAAGUACUAAAGAUUUGAAUUUUUUUUUUUUAAA